UUCAGUCAUCCUGCUGUGGGAGCAGCUCGACCUGAAGCUGCAGGAGCGACAGGCGCGUCCUAGCGGCAUCUGCAGUGUGAGGAGCGAGCUCUUCCAGGAGUGUUUCGACGAGCUCAUACGACAGGUUACGAUGGACUGCGCUGAGCGUGGACUGAUGCUGGCACGAGUUCGGGAUGAGGCGCUCAUGACGCUCACUGCGUUCCAGGCGCUCUUCGAGAGCGCGUCAGACUUUGGCGCGUGUAAAGCUCUGCAGGCUGAAAGCGGCGCCAGCGAGGCGGAGGCUGAAGUGAGGCAGCUGGACGAGGCGGUAGAGGCUUUAGAGGCCGAGGUGAGGCGGCUGGAGGCCUGGAAGAGGCAGGCUCAGAGGCGUGAGGCAGAGAGAAAGCAAGUGCAAGCAGCACUUUUUGCUGAGCAGCUCGAAGCUCUCCAGAGAUCUGAGAAGCAGUACCAGCUUCUCAUCGAGACGCUCCUGGCAAGCAAAAACGCAGCUCAGACAUAAAUGAAAAAUAAGGAAUGAACGGUAGCGAGAGAUCUCAUAGCUACGCAAUGUUUCCAUACACAAUUUGAGAAGAGGUUUUUUAAAUUAUGACGAGUUUAGAUAGAGUUAGACUAG